CUUCUAGAAAUGAAUAAAAGGGCACAAGGGUAAAGAGGAAAACAAACAAGCCAGGUAACUACAUUAUGAGGAAAUGAAGAACAGAAAAGCAAAAUGUUUGAUGAUAUCGCCGCCUACAGGCCACAUGCCCAUGAUCCAUCUUCUUUGGGAAAUUUCCUCCUCUGCUGCGUCACGUUCCCCAGGGCUAGGCCAUGGGCCAAGCAGAAGUCGUGAUUCUGGCGCCUGGUCCCACCGCAGCCGCGUCCCACGAGCCCAGGCCAAGCUGGCUUCUGCUGUUUGUCUCGCUGCUUGCUCGACGCCGUGGAGAUUGGCCACCAGGAGGAGCGAGUGGAUACGAUGUCAGGGACCACACGUAGGAGAGCACCAGGGGACCUGGGGACGCUUCCAGUCGGACAACUUACAAGGCAUCGUAAAAAGUGACAGCUCGGGUUUGAUAUAAACCCACGCGGGCACAACCACGCGAGGCUUCAUGUCGAUCAAAAGAACUAGAACACUGCAGAGCU